UAUUUCAAAGAACCCUCAGGCAAGCAUGGCUGAGGUAUUGGCUAAAGCAGAAAAAUACAUAAACGGUAAAGAAGCCCUCCUCUCAAAGGUGGGAAGUUUAUCUACGCAAAAAGACAAAGGGAAAGAGGAAAAUAAAAGGGACCGAAGUCCCAGAAAAGAAAGAGGGCGUGAUAGGUCUCCAAGAAGGGACAAAAAUCGCUCCCCUAAAAGGAGGGGAGAUUUCAGAGAUCGCUUAGGUCUGCCACAACCAGAGCUACAACCAUGGUACGCACCUCGGCAGCUCCCCCCACUCAUCGCAAUGAUAUCUCAGAUCUUAUAUGAGGUGCAGAGCGAGAAGUUUCUAAAGUGGCCACCACGGAUGAAAGCAGACCCAACAAAAAGAGAUCCCACAAAGUAUUGCGAAUACCAUAGAGACCAUGGCCACCAUACUAAUGAUUAUAUCCAAUUGAAGAAAAAGUUUGAGUUCCUGAUCUAGCGAGGUUAGUUGCAUUGUUAUGUAGCUCGGGAUAAUCAGGACCGAGCCCCUCUACCUCUACCUCCUCAGCAACAGGCUCCUAUGUUACAUCAACAACCGUUGGGCGAAAUUAGAGUAAUUUCUAGAGGGUUUGCAGGAGGUAAGGAGUCCAGUUUUGCCAGAAAGGCUCACAUGCGCAAAAUCAGAGCAGGCGAAGCACUGAAAAUGCACACUGUGUCCAAGACACCUUGGCUGAACACGGCCAUCACCUUUUCAGACUCAAAUUUGGAAGGCUACAAACACCCCCAUGAUGACCCACUGGUGGUAAGAGCUGUUGUGGCUAACAGAACUGUUUACCAAGUUUUGAUUGACAACGGGAGCUCGACAGAUAUUAUAUUCGCUUCUGCAUUUGACAAAAUGGGCAUCGGUAGGGAAAAGCUGGAGCCGAUCAGUGCUCACUUGUUGGGAUUCACAAAAGAGAGGGUAUUGCCCUUGGGUUCAAUUCAGCUUGUCCUCAUUAUGGGAGACUCUCCCUGCCAGGCCACCACCACGAUAAGAUUCCUAGUGGUGGAUGCCCCUUCUAUAUAUAAUAUGCUUCUCGGGAGCCCUCCCUCAACGCAAUGAAGGCAAUCCCCUCUACCUAUCACUUGGGUAUGAAAUUUACUACGAAAAAUGAGUUGGAGUGGUCCAAGGAGACCAGCGAGUAGAAAGGGAGUGCUACAUGACCUUGAUGAAACAGAGAGAAGUCGAGAAUGUCCAACUAGAUG